CCCUGCCCGCUGGAGCGCGGCCCCGCGCACCGCGCGCUCCACGUGUUCGCCUGCGCCGCGCCGCGCUGCUGGGGAGCCGCCCGCAGCUGGAAGGUGCUGCGCUCCCAGUACUCGCAGGCCCAGGAUGAGCGGACCCGAGGUGCCGGCGUCGCACAGAAACAAGAAUCGAGCUUUGCAGCAAAGGAUUGGUGUGAAGAUGCAGAUGACUGGGGAGCCUGUGAUGGAGCAGAGCCUCCUGCUUGUGCCUCCCUUGAGCUGCUUGGCCUAAAGGAAGCUGUGAGCAGCGAGGUGGAGUGUGCAUCCCAGCUCCAGCAGCUCCACCUGUCUGAGCCUGCCCCUGGCCCAGCUCCCCAGGACACACACCCUGCAGCCAGUGAGGAAAUGGGGAUGGCAGGGGCUGAUUCAGCUCCUGUGUUCCAGCCCUUCUACAUUAAUGUUGUGGACGAGGAAGACUACAUGGGUUUGCUUGAUACAGAUCAUGCAGAUAAGCUACUGAAGGAGUAUCAGCAGAGAGAGUGUGUUGAUUUGGAACAGAUGGUGUCAGAAAGUUUUGCUGGUGAAGGUGGUAAUGAAAAAUAUGAGAAGAGUGAAGUCAAAAGCUGGGACCACACAUUCCAUAAAUUCAUGAAAAGAAUAUCUAUGUGUCCUGAACAGAUUCUAAGAUACUCUUGGGAUGGCCAGCCUUUAUUCAUCACAUGUCCUCCAGCCAACCUGGAGCAGGGUAUUCCAGCCUGCAGUAACUGUGGAAGCAGCAGAGUGUUUGAGUUCCAGCUGAUGCCCACGCUGGUCAGCAUGCUCCAGAGUGACUCAGAUCUUUCAGUGGAAUUUGGAACUGUUAUAGUUUACACGUGUGAGAGAAGCUGUUGGCCGACAAAUCAUCAAACCCCUCUUGAAGAAUUUAUUUUUGUACAAGAAGACCCAGAUCAGAGAUUAUUUAAAUAA